CAUCACCACUUCUCGUCCCGCCACAUGGCGACGGGUGCCCUUUCUUUCCCUGGGACGCACUAAAAGUACCGGUGGCUGAGGAGAAUGUAGCGGGGGGUCCCGGGGUCGGAGCCGCGUCGGGCGUCGCUGGUGUCGACGGUAGAGAGAACGCAAACGUUCGGGCAGAUCGCUUUCCUUCACCGGGGAGGACAUGGACGUCAGCGUCGCUGGCUCGCUUUGAAACGAGAGCCGCGGUGGCUUUGCUCGACUAACUUGAAAGUGUAGACAUUUCACAAAGUCGCAUUGAUUAAUGAAUUGAUCGCCCCUUUUUCCCCGCUGGAGGAGGAGGAAUUCGUGCGCCUGCUGGAGCUGAAGGGGCCAAUAUGCCAGAAUGGGUCCUCUACACUAUUUCUUUCUCUGUGGACUUCUGUACACCAAAAUAAGCAGCGGGUCUCGCCUUCGCCAGGAAGACUCCACUCCCCGCAUCGUGGAGCACCCUUCUGACCUCAUUGUGUCCAAGGGGGAGCCGGCCACUCUCAACUGCAAGGCCGAGGGCCGCCCCGCCCCUACGGUGGAAUGGUACAAGGACGGGGAGCGUGUCGAGACGGAUCGCGACAACCCCCGCUCGCACCGCAUGCUGCUGCCCAGCGGGUCCCUCUUCUUCCUGCGCAUCGUCCACGGACGGAGGAGCAAGCCCGACGAUGGCAGCUACGUGUGCGUGGCCCGCAACUAUCUGGGAGAGGCCGUGAGCCGGAACGCAUCUCUGGAGGUGGCACUGUUACGAGAUGACUUCAGACAGAAUCCACAGGAUGUAGUGGUGGCCAUCGGGGAGACCGCUAUCCUGGAAUGCCAGCCUCCACGUGGGCAUCCUGAACCCACCACCUUCUGGAGGAAGGACAAGGCUCGCCUCGACCUCAAAGACGACAGGAUCACGGUCCGUGGAGGAAAGCUGACCAUCUACAACACAAGAAAGACUGAUGUGGGGAUUUACGUGUGCGUGGCCGCCAACAUGGUCGGGGAGCGAGAGAGUGAAAAGGCUCAACUCUCGGUGUUUGAGAGGCCGGUGUUUGUGCAGCGGCCCGUGAACCAGGUGGUCUUAGUCGAUGAAAGCGUGGAGUUCAGGUGCCAGGUCCACGGUGACCCACCUCCCACACUCCGCUGGAAAAAGGAGGACGUGGACAUUCCCCGUGGCAGAUAUGACAUCCGAUAUGAAAAAGAGGAUUUCUUGCUGAGGAUAAAGAAAGCAGCCGUCAGCGAUCAGGGGACCUUCACCUGUCUGGCAGAGAACCGCGUGGGCAAGGUGGAGGCGUCGGCCUACCUGACUAUCAGAGAGGCGCCGCAGUUUGUGGUGCGACCACGUGACCAGAUUGUGGCUCAAGGACGAACUGCGACCUUCCCCUGCGAGACCAGAGGCAAACCUCAGCCGACUGUUUUCUGGCAGCGGGACGGCAGCCAGGACCUGCUGUUCCCCAGCCAGCCAACGCUGGGCGACAGUCGUGCGUCCGUGUCCGUGAAUGGAGAGCUGACCAUCUCAUCAGUGCAGCGCUCGGAUGCAGGAUACUAUAUCUGCCAGGCCCUGACCGUCGCAGGCAGCAUCAUGGCCAAAGCCCAGCUGGAGGUGGCAGACGCACUGAAGGACCGCCCACCGCCAAUCAUCCGCCAGGGCCCCUACAACCAAACGCAGGCUUUGGGAGGCGUGACGGUGCUCGGGUGUCAGGCUUCUGGGGAACCACAGCCCACCAUGACGUGGAGAAAGAACGGGCUCAGUCUGCUUGGAAAAGACCCCCGCUUUUCCCUGCUGGAGCACGGCAGCCUUCAGAUCCAAAGUGCCAAGCUGUCUGAUUCUGGCUUGUACACGUGUGUGGCAACCAGCUCCAGUGGAGAAACGUCAUGGAGCGCCUACUUGGAUAUAACAGACUCCGCUGACCCCACGGACUUGGUGUCUAACAACCUGACAGCUCUACCAGGACCUCCCUCCAAGCCAGAGGUCACUGAUGUCACCAAGAGCAGCAUUUCGUUGUCAUGGGAACCCGGGCCAGAGGCGGGCUCCCCGGUGUCCUCGUAUGUCAUUGAAGCCUUUGGUCAGUCAGUAAGCAACAGCUGGCAGACGGUCGCAGACCACGUCAAGACGGCCGAGUUCACCGUCAGUGACCUCCGACCCAACACUGUCUACCUGUUCAUUAUCAGGGCGGUCAAUGUUCAAGGACUAGGAGAUCCGAGCCCCAUGUCGGAGCCGGUGCGGACCCAAGACAUCAGUCCCACAGCGCAGGGAGUGGACCACCGUCACGUACAGAAGGAGCUGGGGGACGUGGUGGUCAGCAUGCAUAACCCCGUGGUCCUCAGUUCCACUUCAGUGCAGGUCACAUGGACUGUGGACAAUCCAUCCCGGUUUAUUCAAGGCUACCGUGUCCUGUAUCGGCAGACGUCAGGACUGCCCGCCCCAGGACCGUGGCAGAUACAGGACUUAAAAGUCUCCCUGCAGAGGGACAUAACUCUUUUGGGACUGAAGAAAGGAAUCGUCUACGAGAUUAAAGUGCGGCCGUACUUUAAUGAGUUCCAGGGUGCAGACAGUGAAUCCAUGACUGCACGCACUAUGGAAGAAGCACCCAGUGCGCCCCCACAGCAAGUCGCGGUGUUGCCUGUUGGGACCAGCAAUAGCACCUCCAUCAGCGUGUCAUGGGACCCUCCGCCCGCCGACCAACAGAACGGCAUCAUCCAGGAAUACAAGAUCUGGUGUUUGGCAAACGAAAGCCGCUUCCAUGUCAAUAAGUCUGUGGAUGCAACCAUCCGUUCAGUGGUUGUCGGGGGUCUGCAGGCUGGGGUGCAGUACCGCGUGGAGGUGGCUGCAGGCACCAGCGCAGGAGUGGGGGUCAGGAGCGCCCCCCAGCUCAUCACCUUGGGUGCAGAGCAGAGGGACGUCAUGACGGGGUCGGAGGGCACCAACAGCAUCUCAGACGUGGUGAAACAGCCGGCCUUCAUUGCCGGCCUGGGCGGAGCCUGCUGGAUCGUGCUGAUGGGCUUCAGCGCGUGGCUGUACUGGAGGAGGAAGAAGAGGAAAGGACUCAGCAACUACGCAGUCCAGUCCUUCACUUUCACCCGUGCAGUCACAUUCCAGAGGGACCGGGGCCUAAUCAGAAAUGGAAGUCGUCCAGGGCUGCUGAAGGCGGGUGACCCCGGUCUACCCUGGCUGGCGGACUCGUGGCCCUCCACCAGCCUCCCGGCAAACGGAGGAUUGGGGAGUCCGAAGGGCGGCCCUAACUUUGGCCGAGGAGACGUAUUACCGUCGGCAGCGGUGGAGAAGACGGGCACCAUGCUGUCGGACGGUGCCAUCUACAGCAGCAUUGACUUCAUGGGCAAGGGGGGCUACGGCAGCCCCGUCCAAGACAGCCAGCCCACCCCCUACGCCACCACCCAGAUACUCCAGUCCAACAGCUUCCACGAGCUGGCUGUGGACAGGCCAGAUCCCCGCUGGAAGGCUUCUCUGCAGGCCCAGCAGGAAAUAGCCAACCUGGGCUACUCGCUAACGGAUAGACGUCCUGCCACCGGUGCAAAGCUCGGAAGGAAAAAGAAGGUGAAGGGUGGAACAAAGAGCUCUAAAUCAAAUGGGACAUGUUGGGCUAACAUGCCCCUGCCUCCGCCCCCCAUGCAUCCUCUGCCUGGUACCGAAGUUGACCUUGACCGUUACCCUCAGGAAAGCCACGGAGGAGGAUAUGACAACAACAGUUGGGCCCCACCUCUCUCCUACCGCCACCAGAGUUUGGACGAUGAAGUAGAAGAGGAGAGAGGUCCCACUCCUCCUUUAAGAGGAAGGACGUCCUCGCCGGCGACAGCAGCAGCUCCUUACAAGCAGCCAUCAUCGUCCUCGCUCAGCUCCGCCCACCAUGAGGAAAUGCAGUCUAUUCUGCAGGCCCAUUUGGAUGAGCUAACCAGAGCUUACCAGUAUGAAGUCGCCAAACAAGCCUGGCACAUGAAGAGCAAUUCAAGCAUGGCCAACAACGCCAUCACUCCCAUGGACUUCAUGUCUUCUACGCUGGGCUCUGACUUGGGAGACACUCGCCUCUCUGAAGAUGAGGAGGAGGAAGAACGAUACGCUGUGGUGUCGAAGAAUUUAUGCGGCUUUGAUUACUCUCCUGGACAUACAUUGGAUAAUCUUGAGGUCUCAGGUAAAGGCUCUCAGUUGUGUCGCUCAGACGGCUCUGGGACAACAGAUCGUGGCCCGCAGAAUACACAUAGCCUUGGCCACAAGAGGGCGCAAAUCACUGGUCCCAAAUCCCAGACGACUAAGGUUGGGACACUGCCCAGAAGAAAAGACAAUAACACAGAAGCAGCCCACGCACCGGCAUUGAAGAGCCUUCACAGCAGCGCAUCCCGCAUGAACAGCUCAUGGGCGAGUACGGCUUCGGAUCCCUCUGAGGAGUGCAUGGUGACCGUUUCCACGCUGGAGCGGCAGCAUAUGACUUCCUGGGGCGCCACGCCGGCAUCCAACAGGGCCACGUUGAGUCAGGCGUCCCACAAGAGACCUGGCACAGAAGCCUCCCUCAGUGGCAAUCUUCUCACAAACAGCACAGAGAAGAGGGAUCACUAGUGCUUUGGACGCUUCUUUGCCUGCAGUUGCUGCCUGUCCCAGGACACCUUGUUUCUAAGUGCUUUGAGAGGUUGUUUCUCCGCGAAUGACUGGGAAUGAUGGGAAUGAUGUACGGGGGAAGCUGGGGAAGGAGACGGCAUGAAGAUGCCAAUGAACAUGUGGAGCUGUAAAUGUCAUGUACAGGACACAGACACCAGUCUCACAGUGUUUCCCUAAUCCCCCCCCCCCCCCCCCCAAACAUGCUAUAUGACCACUUCUACUAUCUAUCACUACUUGCUGUCCAACAAUUCACACAAAGGAAGAAAAUGCAAACAAAAUGACUCCAAGGACUUGCAUAAUGUGUAAAUAUAUUUUCUAUGUUCCUUUUCUUUUGCUUUGCUAUGCAAGCUUCUCUUGUCUCUGGUGAUUUAUGACAGUGGGUCAUUUUUCAUGCUUAUUUUGAUGACGCUACCGUAUUGUCGUACUUUGCACAGAGUGUUUUGGUGAAAAUAAGCACAAAUCCAGUGAAGAGCAGAAGCAUCGUGGCGAGGUUACUUAUUUACUGGGCGGCGCUGCCAUCCUUUCCAAAAACGUCCCGUAUGCGGAGCACUGGAUAGGGCGCCACGCAGCAACACUGACACUACGUGCUGUGACUUUUAUUAUGCAUUCUACUAAUGAUGACUCCUUGCAAAGGGUUACACUUCUAAGCAACACGUCACAGCAAAGACUUUGCUUUCACUGCCGCUUCUUUCAAGGAAACGUGCACUUUUUAAGGAAUGUUGUCCAUCAUCCGCAAUCCGUACGUGAGACAUGAACACACGUCUUUCUCUUUUCUGUGUCUUGUCAAGAUAUAAAAACAGAUCAAACGAGGCAGCUACAUCAUCGGACACACCUAUUCCACCCCCAAAAAGCCACCGAGGCUCCAUGUCCAGCAUGAGAUCUGCAUAUGAAGCAUAUUAUUGUUAUUAUUCUUAUCAACAUUCUUACAUCUAAGAACUACAUUACUGGUGUAGUGACACCUUAGUGACAGCUUACUCUGUUUUUUUGUUUUGGAGGCUAGGUGUAGCCUUCCUUUCUAUGUUGCUAUGGGACAUCAAUGCACCCAGGAAGGAAGUUGUACUAAAAUACUACACAUAUGACAUGUUAGCAUCCAUGUAGCUGUUACUACAUGCUUUUUGAAUAGCCGCCUUUCUGGGCCCAAUAGGUGUGUCCCAUGACGUGCAUUCAUUGGCUGCCUCCUUUCACCUGUUUUCAUAUCUUUACAACACACAGAGAAGAGAAGGACGUGUCUUCAUGUCUCACCUAAGGAUGGAGGAUGAUGGCCAACAUUCCAUAAAAGUACACAUUUACUUGAAAAACGAUGUUAAUAUAAUAUCAAUAUAUUUAUUCAUCUUACUUAUUCAUCUUCAAUUCAGUGGUAUGAUAUCGGUGCGGUAUCCCAACCACACAAAGGAAGCGGAGACCAAGUCGCACGUCUUGUUUGGCUGGCAGUGCUCUGGUUGGAACCAAAGUGGAAGCUGGCGCCCGUCUAUGACCAGUCGGUUCUAACUUUACCACCAAGCCACUAGGUGGCAGUAGUGACACAUGAGACAUUAGCUUCCACGAUACGGCCUUAACACUGCAUGAAGCCAGCUAUGGCAUGUCCAACACGCUACAGUGACAAACAGUUCUCCUUCCAUUUAGUGUGGAAGUGGUAAGUGUUUGCACUUGAUUUGCUCACCCGUACAGUACAGGUAAUCUGAUCUCAUUAGAGCUUUUUUUUAAUGAUUGGUUAUCAGAGCUAUUUUUAAUGUUAUCAGCUUCAUCAGUACUGUACACCCAUUAUGGCUUCUAAAGCAGACAGUCCGUGGUCUGGUUUGCAGACUGGAAAAGAUGAAUAUGGCUCCCUCACCGGGAAAGCUUGGACACCCUGACUUAAGGCAGUUGAACAGACAUGGAUGGCGAGUUUAAUGUUCCAUUCGAAUUUAGUAUCAUGAUGCCUGAUUGAGUAGGAUGAUACCUGAUUUAGUGUCAUGAUACCUGAUUCAGUAGGAUGAUACCGAUGGAAUGAUACUGAUUGAGUAGGAUGAUACCUGAUGUAGUACAAUGAUACCCAACUGAGUAUAAUGAUACCUGAUUUAGUAUAAUGAUACCUGAUUGAGAAGGAUGAUACUGAUCGAGUAUCAUGAUACCUGAUUUAGUAUCAUGAUACCUGAUUGAGAAGGAUGAUACUGAUCGAGUAUCAUGAUACCUGAUUGAGUAGGAUUGGAUAGGAUUAUACCUGAUUUAGUAUAAUGAUACCCGACUGAGUAUAAUGAUACCUGAUAUAGUAUCAUGAUACCUGAUUGACAAACAUGAUACCUGAUUGGGUAGAAUGAUACCCAACUGAGUAUAAUGAUACCUGAUAUAGUAUCAUGAUACCAGAUUCAGUAUCAUGAUACCUGAUUGGGUAGGAUGAUACCCAAGUGAGUAUACCUGAUUUAGUAUCAUGAUACCUGAUUGAAUAGGAUGAUACCUGAUUAUCAUGAUACCUGAUUGGAUAGGAUUAUACCUGAUUUAGUAUAAUGAUACCCGACCGAGUAUAAUGAUACCUGAUAUAGUAUCAUGAUACCUGAUUGACAAUCAUGAUACCUGAUUGGGUAGAAUGAUACCCAACUGAGUAUAAUGAUACCUGAUAUAGUAUCAUGAUACCAGAUUCAGUAUCAUGAUACCUGAUUGGAUAGGAUGAUACCCAACUGAGUAUACCUGAUUUAGUAUAAUACCCGAUUGAGUAUCAUGAUACCUGCUUCAGUUGGAUGAUACUGAUGAAGUAGGAUGAUACGCCAUUUAGUAUCAUGAUACCCGACUGAGUAUAAUGAUACCUGAUAUAGUAUCAUGAUACCUGAUUGAAUAUCAUGAUACCUGAUUGGGUAGGAUGAUACCCAACUGAAUAUAAUGAUGCCAGAUUUAGUAUCAUGAAACCUGAUUUAGUAUAAUACCUGAUUGAGUAUCAUGAUACCUGCUUGUGUCGGAUGAUACCUGAUUCAGUUGGAUGUUACUGAUGGGAUGAUACUGAUGAAGUAGGAUGAUACCUGAUUUAGUAUCAUGACACCCGACUGAGUAUAAUGAUACCUAAUGAGCUGGAAUAGAUGAAUAGAUGUCCUGCCAGUGCAGCGACAAGGAGCAGUGGAAGUGAUGAUGAUGAUGAUGAUUGUGUCGUCCAGUUGGAACUUUAGGAUGAUUUCCUACUAAAUUGUUCCAAGUUCAUGCUGCGUUAUCCGAUGGUUUAUUUGUGCGUUUGAAGCAUCAUCUUAACCGAGCCGUGUUGAUUUUAACGUUGCCAAAUCUGCCGUUUCUUCUUUUUGUUGUUUUUUUUUUUUUUAAUUGGGGAAACUUUGCUGUUUGUCCAUCUGAGCGGUUUGCUUUGAGAUGGUCUUGGUCUUUGUGGUCUUGGUUUGCCUCUGAGGAAUUUCACCUGCUGCAGCCGUUUGCCCUCAGGAAUAUGCAGACAAUUUCCUUUCAUGCAAAAAUAAAACGUGGAUGUGAAAAUCAA